AUGUAUUUCUGUCCGAUACGCAACCAGUACCUCCAUCCACCUUCUCAACCCACGGUUACCAACUCUCAUGAACGGCCCUCUCCUCCUCUAGAGCAGCUUUCUCCAGUAAGAGCUAGCAGUACUAGAGUACCUCACAACAUCGUGAUCGUACCACAGAGCCACUCUAGCGAUGAUGCCCUCUCAAAGAUCGAAGCCUUGUUCGAGACCAUUGUGGAUGCUAUCAGUGUCGGGAGUCCCAUUACCAUACCAUAUCGGCGGUCGACUAACGCGCAAGUAUUUGACCCGACUGCCUCUGCCUCAAACCCAAGGGAUGGGCGGCACAUGGAUUCCGUACGCUUUCCGGGACGCAACCCGCAAGAGCUCCGAAGAUUUGAAGCCUUGUUCCGCAUCAUCGAGAUUUCUCACGAAGCACUCCUGUCUGGAACUCUAGUUACAAAGAGGAACAUUUACUACCAAAACAUGGAAUUAUUCAGGUCACAGAGCGUGGUGGACGAAAUGGUGGACAAUCUUGCAUUCACACUUGGAGUGGGACGUAAUGAUUUGAAUAUUGUCGCCACCGCAAAGGGCCUCGUUGCUGGCCAGGUAGAACUCAUCAUGCGUGGCGGUUCCAAGAUCAAUUGUGCCGAGUCUUCCGACAGUGCCACCUUUCGAACGCUCUCCGCUUCGCGCUACUACACAGUCUCUCGAGCAGGAAGUGGUAUCCUGGUGACUGUAAGGCUAUGUGACCUCUUUUAUAGCAACAACGCUGACAACUACACACAGGGAAAGGGAUAUCCCGACCUUGCAACGCGAAAGUUCCUCGCCACCAUCCACUCGGUUCGACCGCGUUUACUCAUGUUUGCUCUGGUAGACUUCGAUCCCCACGGGAUCUCUGUUCUACGGACUUACCAAUAUAGCAGCCAACGUCUGGACCACGAGGAGCGCACCAAGGUGUUUGGAUUAAGAUGGCUUGGAAUUCGCAGCAGCGAUGUCCUCUCAAACACAGUGAUGACGCAAGAUUGCUCCGCCAACAGUCAGGGAAGUCAAUCGAGCCAAGACCUCUCAAGUCAGGAAUCAAUAGCUUAUUCUGUGGAUGGUGAGUGUAUCGUUAGGCAGAGGCCGAGAAGUCGAAGAACGAAAAGCCACCCAAGCGACUACACAGCGCCACUCAAUGAAAGGGACAGGGAGAAGGCCGUCAGCGUUUUGCGAGACAUAUGCGGUACGACGAGACUAGACGCUACAGAGCGGGAGCACAAGCUUGAACUGCAGAGAAUGUUGAUGCUCAACAUCAAGGCAGAGAUACAGGCGGUCGAUGAUUUCGGCGAUAUUACGAACUGGCUGGAUGAACGACUGUUAGAACACAGCAGGGAUGUGAACUCGCAUUAA